AUGGCAACUUCAGUCCGCUUAUCGCCACAGGUACAGCGGCUGCAAACGAGUUCGCCGUACGUUGAUAUCUACACCAGAGCAUUGCCGAAUCCUCUUCGUCCGCGACGAGUCGUAAGGCCUCCAGCGCCGUCAACACAUUCCCACCCGGAGCCGAAACGCUGGCAGAAUCCUGGCGGUUGGGGAGCGCGCCACAUGAAUGACACAGCCCCGUUUACACUCUGGGACAAACAGAACCGCAAAUUUCGACUCCCAACGCAGGAGGAAUCUGCUUGGAUUCGAAACAAAUUUGGGGAUGGAAAACGCGGGGAGUCCGGCUGGUUCAUGUGGAUUGAGACUAGCAGCCCACCGCAGCCCGUAACCCUUACCGUCGGUUGCAUGCCGGUGUACUUCGUUGGGACUGGCGAAUCACACUUUGAAACCCUUCCUCGCGCCCCUUAUCCGAAUCCUCGGGUCCUGGACCCAUAUCCUGCUGCUUUGCGCUGGCCAAAAAUGCAAUUCCCAACAAAGGAACAAAGGAUUGCCAUGUUAGUCGCACUGGCACCACUCGCAGAUGUACGAGCGAUCCUCUAUCUCCCCAACUGGACAAUCGUGGAACUGACACACGGGGAUGGCCGCAAAUACGAGCCAAGGUCACUGCCGGGGGUUGUCGCAGGUCGGACGACCCUAUACCACCAUGAAGCAGAGCCAUUUUACAUGGCGAUGAAAGAUAAGAGCCGAGUGCGAGCGAUAGAUCCUCAACAGCAUAUGGAUACCAGUCGACCUCUGCCCCAAGACGACUCGAAUUAUCUCAAAGAUUCGUUUCUUACACCAGGCUGUCGAUUAGAGUGUGGGCUUGGCGAAUCAGGAUCCGUAAAUGAGUUUGCGAAUGUUGCAACAACCUCGGGUGUGAGAAUGAUCAAUUCUCAAGGCGAGCAUGCCCUCACGGUGGCACAUCAUGGUUUCCUACUCUCAAAGCAGGUCUAUCAUCCGCGUGCGACUGCAGAUAAAGUCGGAGAGGUUUUCGACACAAUACCUGAACUCGACAUCUCACUCGUCAGCCUCACACCAGCGGCAUCCGAAAGUUAUAGAAACAGUUCAUACUUUCAAGCCGAACCUCCUCGUUCUCUAUGCGAAGGUGAUCAGAUCGAACAGGGCACAUGGAGCGAGAUUGAUGGAAUGAGCUCAGGCCUAGUCACCGUGAUGGCAUAUGGGACCAUGGAUAUGAAGCCGAAGCGCCCCCCUGGCCAUCCACCGAUUGGUUUUAGAAAUUGGCGGGCCUACACUGUCAGUUCGCUAUUCGGUGUUAUCAAUAGCGCUAUAUCGGAGGGUAUCUGCGGUGCACCUAUUGUGAAUUGCGAUACAGGCGGAGUCGGCGGCUUCUUCCAUUUAUUUGACGGAACCAAUUGUUUAACCGCACACCUAGAUGAUUUGGUUGCUGAAGGGUGGCAAAUAGUCUAG